AGGUGCGGUCUGGACCUCUGCUGGCGGCACCCGAGGGGUCCGUAGCUGGGCCUCGAACCGCGGACGCCCCUUCGGCGCUCUGCAGGGGUCUCAGGACAGCCCACACCGCAGCGGCGACGAGGCCGCCCGGCUGAGCCCACAGCCGGCGAUCGGGGACGACUCUCCCAGGUGUUGGUGAACUUGUGAGAAGAAAGCCAUGGAGUCCCUGGAAGAAUUAUCUGACAUGAAAGAGGACAAGUCCCCUAAGCAACUCCAAAAGUCCCAUUCCCUGCUCUGGAGGAUCAAGGAUAUCCAGGCCUCUAAGACCCAAAACUACUUCACAGAGACCAAAAAGGUGGAGGCCAUCUUGAUCCAGGUGGCCUUUUCUGUCGGGCUGGGUAGCAUGUGGCGUUUCCCCUACCUGUGUCACCUGAAUGAAGGAGGCGGCUUCAUCCUCACGUACUUCCUGACGCUGCUCUUCCUCGGGGUCCCCCUCCUGUACAUGGAGAUGGUCAUCGGGCAGUGGCUGCACAUGGACAGCAUCCGGGUCUGGAAGCACCUGGUCUCCUGGCUGGGUGGCGUGGGCUACGCCAGCAUACUGGUGUGCACCUUGGUAAGCUUGUACAACAGCACCCUCAUCUCCUGGAGCUUCUCCUACCUGGUCAACUCCUUCUACCACCCGCUGCCCUGGAACCGCUGUCCGCUGCAGAACAUCAGCGUCACUGACUUCUCCUGCCUCCAGACUGUGUCCCACCAGCACUUCUGGUACCACAGCAUCCUGCAGGCCUCGGGCCACAUCGAGGAAGGGGUGGAGGUCCUCGUCCUGAGGCUGAGCCUGGGCGUCUUCGCCGCCUGGGUCUUCCUCUUCAUGCUCAUGGUCAUCGGGAUAAAGAGUCCCAUGCCGAUGCUGAUUUUCUCCAUAUUCCUCCCCUACAUCCUCCUCCUCUGCCUCUUCAUCCGAGGUCUCCUCCUAGAAGGGGCGGUCACCAGCCUCAGACGUAUGGUGACCAUAGAGGUCUCCACCUUAACCUCCCUGGACCUGUGGCGUCAGGCAGGAGGCCACGUGCUUUAUUCGCUGGGCCUGGGUAUGGGCACCAUCGCCACCUUCCCCUCCUACAAUACUGCAGGCAAUGAGUGUGUCAAGAUCGCCCUGUUUGUGGCCCUGGUCAGCCUGGUGACCUCGGUGCUGACCACAUCCAUCAUCUUCCUAGUGCUGGGGUUCUGGGCCAGCAACAGCGGCCAGGCCUGUGUGGAGAAGAGUGUCUUAAUGCUGAUGAAGCUGAUAUCCAAGGGCAUACUGCCUCAGGCUGCCAAGCCCCCUAAAGAUAUCCUGCUCAGGCCCCCCCUAGACUACCUGGACUGGAUCAGCACCCUCCCCCAGCACCUCCAGUACCAGGUCAUUCGCCUCUCCCUUUCCUGUGCCAUCACCGUGCAGAAGGGAAAGAUCAUGGAGGGCCCUGGCCUGAGCUACGCAGCCUUUUCCCAAGCCGUCUCACUGUUCCCCGGUGCAUCUUUCUGGGCCAUCGUCUUCUUCCUGGCCCUGUUCAUCACAGGCCUGGGCACCUUGAUAAGACUCUCGGAGGGCAUUGUCCUUCCCCUCCAGAACACCAUCCCCAUCUUCAUAAAGCAUCCCAAGGUGGUCCCAGUGAUCGUCUGCUUGGGAGGUCUUCUGAGUAGCCUGGUCUUCUCCAGCGAAGCCGGCAGCUACAUAAUGUGCUUGGUGGACGACCACGUGGUCCCACUGACCAUCGCUGUCAUCAUGAUCUUCCAGAAUAUGGGGCUGGCCUGGAUCUACGGAGCUAAGAGGUUCAGGCAGGAAAUCUUCAGCAAGCUGGGCCACCUGCUGUUGCCCAUCUUCACCUUCCUGUGGUGCUACGUGACCCUGCCGGGGCUGCUGGGCCUCCUGGCCAUCUGCCUUGUACAGCUUUACCACAGGGGCACGCCCUACUACGUCGCCUGGAACAGCAGCGCGAGCCAGGAAGUCAGACAGCCUUACCUGAAACGCGACCUGGGCUGGGUCACCUUCCUCAGCAUCCUCACCCUUCUGCCGAUCCCAGUCUACCUGCUUCACCAUUGGUGGUACUUCCACGACCCGAUUGUCUCUGACACCUCAAAAAAGCCACAGUCCUUCAGAAAGACAGCCAUGAGGCUCACCAAGCCAUUGCAGUGGCCUAAGCGACCCAUGGGAAAGUCCCAGAACAAAGGCAGCAAGACGUCCGUCAGGGCCUUAAGCCCGCCCACCACCAAGGUGCAGGACGUGGACUCGUGGCAGCCCACUGAUAAGGACCUGAAGGAGGGCCAGUUGGAGCGCUCCCUGGUGCAUUCUGUGUCAGACUAGCCCUGUGAUGUCCGAGAGCAGCAGCCCGGCCUCCUCCAGGCCGGCGAGCUCAGCUCCCAUAGCCACAGACCACACUGACACACUCCAGAAGGCCACGGAAGAAGAGCCACCAACAAGUCCGUUGAGCAAUGACGACAUCACCCGAUUUUCCAAGGUGGAGGACCCACCUGUUUGUUGGCGGCAUUCGUGCCCGUCUUGCUACGGGAACAAUUGGUUCUGCGAGGAAAGAGGGGGAGGGGCGUGCAGAAAACUCGCCAGCAAUUGGUGACAUCACUCACUUGGAUUUGGAAAGAAAUAAACAACCGAAGAGCCCUCUCUUCUGGAAUAG